AUGACAUGCAAAGGCUGCAUGGAGAGGGACAAUGUGAGCAGUGGCGCAACCAUGGAGUUCAUCCUGCUCGGCUUCUCUGAGCUGCUCCAUCUGCAGGUCCUGCUCUUCUUUACCUUCCUCAUUGUUCAUUUGAUCACACUGGCAGGGAAUAUGAUGAUCUUCAUAGCGGUGGUGAUGGAACCCUCACGUCCUCCCAUGCUUUUCUUCCUCGGCCAACUCUCAGCUGUGGAGCUGUGCUACACUUUAGUCAUCGUGCCCAAGGCGCUGCUCAGCCUGGCAGUGGGUGGCAGCCCCAUCUCCAUGCUGGGCUGUGCCGCACAGAUGCACUUCUUCGUGGCCCUUGGUGGUGCCGAGUGCUUCCUGCUGGCAGCCAUGGCCUACGACCGCUACGUGGCCGUCUGCCAGCCCCUGCGCUACGCGGCCCUCAUGGGCGAGGGGCUGUGCCUCCGCCUGGCUCUGGCCUGCGUCCUGGGAGCCUUCACUGUGGCCCUGGGCCUGACAGUGGCUGUGUUCCGCCUGCCCUUCUGUCAUCCCUGCUGCAUCGACCAUUUCUUCUGCGACGUGCCCGCCGUGCUGCGCCUGGCCUGCACGCAGGGCUACGCCGCCGAGCUGGCCCUGCUGGCGGCCUGCGUGCUCCUCCUGCUGCUCCCCUUCCUCCUGAUCCUGGCCUCGUACCUCUGCAUUGCUGUGGCUUUAUUAGGUGUCACCUCCCUUGUGGGAAGGGGCAAGGCCUUUUCCACCUGCAUUUCGCACCUGGCCAUCACCUUACUGCACUAUGGCUGUGCCACCUUCAUCUACAUUCGUCCCAAGUCCAAUUACUCACCGGCCCGGGACAAGGUGGUGUCUCUGGUCUACACCAACGUUACUCCUUUAAUGUAUCCCCUCAUUUACAGCCUGCGGAACAAGGAAAUCAGAGGGAUCCUCAGGAAAAUGCUGAGGAAGAAGAAAAUAGGUGAACUGGGAUACUAUCAGAGUUGUGAUGUGUGUGUGUGGUAA